AUGGCAACCAAGGCAGAUCCAAAUAAACAAGGCUGGGAAGAAGCGGAAUUUCCGAUCCUUUGUGAAACAUGCCUGGGUGAUAAUCCUUAUGUUAGAAUGGCAAGGCUUUGGGAAGGAAUGCAAAGUAAGAUGGAUAUCAUAGGAUCACAAUCUAAUUUACCAAGCGCUAAAGUUGUAUUUUUUAUAGAAAUUUGUCAGACUUGCGCGAAAUUAAAGAAUGUUUGUCAAACAUGCCUAUUAGAUUUACAGUACAAUCUCCCUGUUCAAGUCCGUGACACUGCCUUAAAUAUUACUAAUGAAGCACCAAGAUCAGAAAUAAAUAGGGAAUAUUUUGCACAAAAUAUUGAAGGAAAGAUUGCCGCCGGUGAUAGUCUUAUAAAUUACGGAAAAACAGAUUCAGCUGGUCGUGAAAUGUUAAAAAAGCUGGCCAGAACAGAACCUUAUUAUAAGCGCAAUCGGCCACAUAUAUGUUCUUUUUUUGUUAAAGGGACAUGCACGCGUGGUGAUGAAUGUCCAUACAGACAUGAGAUACCGGAAGAAAAUGAAUUGUCUCAUCAGAACAUCAAGGAUCGAUAUUAUGGUACUAAUGAUCCGGUAGCCAAAAAAAUAUUAAACCGAGUAAAAGGAGGUGGAAAUUCUAACAUCACGCCACCAGAAGACAAGUCUAUCACCUCACUGUUUAUUACCGGCGUCGAAGAAGAUAUCACAGAAACAGAUCUCAGAGGCCACUUUUACGCGUUUGGAGAAAUUAAAUCAGUCGUUGUCGUCCAUAAAUCGAAGUGCGCUUUUGUGAAUUAUGCAACUAGAUCAUCAGCCGAGCAAGCGAUAGAUAAAUCUCAUAAUAACUUAAAUAUUAAGGGACACGCAUUGAAGGUAGCAUGGGGAAGGCCGAGACCUACAGGACCCAAGACGGAGGUACAAGCGGUAACAGCGCCGCAAGGUCUCGUACUUCCAUCACUUGAAUCUAUGGAAAUUCCCGUACCACCUGGUGAGACACCCGAUGGUUUUCUGUAUCCAAGUCAAGGUAAGUAUUUAAAUAAUGAUAAAUAUUAUUUAUGUAUUCGAUGA